GGCGACCCCCGAGGAGCCUAGGGACGAGGGGCGAAUGCCCUUGGGGAGGAGAGAGGCGCGGCGAGGACGCGAGGCAUCACGCAAGCUGCGCGGUGCCUGGGACGCAGCAGAAAUGCUCAGCAUCGGGGGCAGAGAGGGAACGUGAAUGAAAGUGCACUCUGCCUCGGUGCAGGGGCUCCGGGGUCACCCAGGACAGUGAUUUCCCCUCCUAUCCUGUCCUCCCAAUUAACACCCGAGAGACUGCAGGUCGGCGCGAGAGGCUGUUUGCAUCUCGGCCCGGGCGUAGGUCGCCUAGCGACCUAACGCCGAGGGCUCGGGGAAGGGAUCCCAGGCAGAGCCAAAAUGGAAGGCGGGACAAGGGCAGCCUGGCUGGGGCGAGGGGCUGGUCUGGGUCCCCGGGGACCCCUUGGCCUGUGGGCUUCGGUCUCCAGGGAGGAGAAAGGCAGCCGGGCUGCGGGGCCGCCGUACUGUGGGGUCCUCCUGGUAGAGACACGGGAGGAGCAGUCGCCUGGGCUGUUGCGCUGCGCCUCCUCCAACUGCUGGGAAACUCCGCACUUCAGUAUUAGAGCAUCUCUUUCCUGGGCAGGUAGAAUUGGACAGCCGAAUGCUGCUAACCCCCAGUGGGCCAUAUAUUGGUACUAUAAAUUGAGUCUGUCAUUUGGAGAGACCAAUUUUGGGCAGGCAUCCAGGCAUUGUUCUGCAUCUCUGCAGUGUAUACGUGUUGUGCUGGUAGCCUGACAACCGUCCUUAACUGGUGGUGCCAAUAUGGUGGAAAGCAGGUAUUAUGCCUGUAUUGGGAUAAAUGUCUUAAUUCAUUAACAUAUUAUGACAACACGUAGUUACAGCAGACUUAGUCAUUCCCUCCCCCAGAAGUUUUCUCUGAGGUCAGUUUAGUUGGUAUUUUGCCAAAGGCACACUCUUGCAUCUAUCUACAUUGGGAGGUAUUUCUCUUAUCUUAAUCUUUUUCUUAGGAAGAAGAAAUAAAUGUCUUCUCUCUAAGACAUCACUGUCAAGAACACUGAAAGAAGAACCCAUUAAUGUAGGGAACGUUGAGAACUGGAACAGGCUGUAGGGCAUCUUUCCUACACUUCAGGUUAUAACUUCCAUUGCAUCACCACCAUUUACCGGUAAACCAGCACACACAGCAAUCAGUACUCGAAAUGGU